AUGGUUCACGAUGGAUGGCACCUUACGUUGCAACGGGAUCUUAUUAAUAGUCCAGUGGUCGCUGAUACCCUCUACUAUGACCUCCUCGAGGUCCACGUCGAGGCCACUGCGGCUGAGAUCAAAAAGGCUUACAAGAAGAAGGCCAUGAAGCAUCACCCCGACAAGAACCCGGAUGACCCGACCGCCCACGAGACCUUCCAGGCUAUCGGCCAGGCUUACGAGACAUUAAUAGACCCUAACGAAAGUCGAGGACAAUCCGUCGUUGUUGUUGACUGGGUGGAACGGCCUUUUAGAGCUUUGACGAGUGAAGCGGCCGAUGCGGCGACCAGCGCGGUGUCUUCCCUGAAGCAAGCUAACAGCCAGCGAGCAACCUACGACCAGUACGGACCAGAGGGUGCGCCCCGCGGCGGUGGUAUGCCGGACGACCUGUUCAACGAGAUGUUCGGUGGCAUGGGCGGAUUUGGAGGAUCCUUCGCCUUCGACCCGGCAGGACCCGGUCCGCGACCCCGGCGAGGACAUGUUACGAACAUCGAGUACAAGAUCUCACUCGAGGAGGCGUACAAGGGCAAAAAGGUCAUCAUGAUGCUGCAGCGUGACCGAAUCUGCAAGCACUGCAAAGGGCGCGGCGGACGUGAGGGCAUGAAGAUGACGAAGUGUGGCAAGUGUGAGGGCAAGGGAAUCGUCUUCGCCGACCGUCAUCUUGCUCCUGGUAUCGUGGGCAAGGUGCGUUCGCCGUGUCCGGACUGCGAUGGCACCGGACAGCACAUCCGCGAGAAGGACCGCUGCAAGAAGUGCGAGGGCAAGAAGGUGCGGAAGGAGAAGAAGCGCGUCGAGUUCAUGAUCGACCCGGGAACAGAGGACGGAGAACGCAUCGCGCUGCGCGGCGAGGGCGACGAGGAGCCAGACGUGCCGCCAGGCGACGUCAUCUUCCACAUCAACAUUGGCGGUCACGGUACCUUCUCUCGCAACCCGAUGUACCCGCAGGACUUGCGCGUGAUGGUCCCGAUAUCGCUGUCCGAGGCUCUCCUCGGCAUCAACCGUGUGGUCGUCAAGCACCUCGACGGACGAGGCAUCCGCAUCGUGAGCCAGCGCGGCGAGCGUGUUAUCAAGCACGGUGACGAGGCCAGGAUACGCGGGGAGGGCAUGCCGAUCCGCGGCGGAGGGAAGGGUGACCUCGUCAUCAAGUUUGAGGUGCAGAUGCCGGGUCCGUCGUGGGCGUCGCGCCAGGACGGCAACAACGUCCAGCUUCCGGGACCGUUGGACGACAUCGCGCUUGACGAGGGCGCCGAGGUCGUUGAGCGGUAUCUCUCAUAG